AUGGGGUCAGUCAGGUCCAGGCCUCGACCACAGUAUGAGGUCAGUCAGGUCCGGGCCUCGACCACAGCAUGGGAGGCCAUGGUUCUGAUUGCACUGGCACAGAGGCCCCCAGAUCCCCUCGGGGCCAUGGUUCUGAUUGCACUCGCACAGAGGCCCCCAGAUCCCCUCGGGGCCAUGGUUCUGAUUGCACUGGCACAGAGGCCCCCAGAUCCCCUCGGGGCCAUGGUUCUGAUUGCACUGGCACAGAGGCCCCCAGACCAUCUAAAGUUGUAG